ACUGCACUUACUGUUGGUUCCCUGGGAAACCAACACCGCCAGAUCAAAACAAACCAUUAAUCUGCAAGGACACUUUGGACUUCUCUCACAGUGCUAAAUCAAACAUGGAGGACUUUCUGGUGAAAGACAGCAACAACAACACCAGCCCAAUGAUGUAUUUUCCAGCCAACACUAGUGGCGCCCACCUGAACGUAGUUCACGAUGAGAGUCUGAGCAGAGCCUGCGACACUCAAGGUGAUCAGCUCCCCCGACCCGAAGAGAACAGACCGCUUUUUGAGAGUCUUCCUGCUUUGCCUAAGAAGCUUGUCACCAAACGCGGGAGGAGGACGUAUAUCUGCGACCAGUGUGGGAAGACCUUCCGGAGGAAAAGGCGUCUGACGGCCCAUCUGCGGAGUCACGGUGUUGAGAGGCCGUACAACUGUGUCCAGUGCGGGAAGAGUUUUUUUCAGAAGGGGAAUCUGACGAUCCAUCAGCGCAUCCACACCAGAGAGAGUUUACCUCAGGCCUGAACUGGAGGGAAGUUUAUCAGAACCUUGUCAAUGUACAUUGACCGGACGGUGUGAAAUGUACAUUUGAACUUAACAGCUUAAAUAAAUUAAUUAGUAAGAGCAAAGUAA